CUGGUGGAUCUAUCACUUUACCAACGCUGAGAAAGUUGUGCUUGUUCAUGUAAAAGUUUUCGGAGUAAACCGUCGCCUGAGUUUGGUGUUUUAUUUUACGCGUUAAUGUAGGACCACGUUGGCGCACGAAACUACAGGGAGCAGGUGGCGAGUUGUCAGUCAGGAGUUCAGGAGCAAUAACUACAUUUACUACACACACCAAUCUGAAACAGUGGAGGAAGAUCAACAGGUAGCAAACGCCCUAAGUGGCGGCUGAAAUGACACGCAUCCUCCAGAUCACCAGGCUCCGCCUACCUUUCUGGUGGCUUUUAUUGGCGCACAUGCCGAUACAAACAACUUUGGGGGGUGACAAGAACGAAUUGUGCAGUGGUCGUGACUGCAGUGUCUGUCAGUGCUUUCCCUCUAAAGGAGAUAGGGGGCCUCCUGGUUUGUUAGGUCGACCGGGUCCUCAGGGCCCUUCGGGGUUUCCUGGCGUCCAAGGACAGCCUGGUCAGAAGGGUCAGCGGGGAACAAUUGGAUUUCCAGGGGUUGCUGGCCCUCAAGGAGACAGGGGCGUUCAAGGAGUUAGAGGCCAUACUGGUUUAGAUGGUGUACCAGGUCAUCCCGGGCCUUCUGGUCCUCCUGGGCUUCCAGGAAAGGAUGGUUGUAACGGAACUAGAGGAGAUCCUGGGCUUGGCGGUUACACGGGACAACGCGGCCUACCGGGACCGAUGGGGAUGCCUGGAAUAAAAGGAAUCAAAGGAAGCACCGCUUAUAGAUCUGAAUACGCGCCUGGACUACCCGGUCCUGAUGGACAACCAGGACCUCCUGGACCUCAAGGAUUCGAUGGAAUUGUUGGUCCGCAAGGGUUUCCAGGACCGUCGGGAGCUUCAGGGUUCAUGGGUACACCGGGUCCAAUUGGUCCAAGAGGUAUACCGGGAGACCCAGGAAGAUCACUCGCUGGACCUAAAGGAGAAGAGGGGGAGCCUGGGCCAAAGGGUGAUCCUGGUCAAUUUGAGUAUGUUGAGCCUAAUCCAAAAGACUACGUAAAAGGGAAAAAGGGGGAUAAAGGGAUUAAAGGAAUGUGUGGAUUACCUGGGGUUGAAGGACUGAUUGGGCCUCCAGCAGAGAAAGGAGAGAAAGGCAUUAUUGGUUUGCCUGGACAAAGAGGCAUUCCUGGUUAUCCUGGUCGAAUAGGCUUUCCAGGACCUAAGGGCCAGCGUGGAGAAAACGGUCUUCCUGGUCUUUAUGGCAACCCAGGACUAAAGGGAUUCCCAGGUGAUCCCGGACCUAAAGGAUAUCCGGAGUAUGUUUCCAACAAUAAAAAAGGACCGUUUGGAGAUCCAGGCCCUCCUGGUGUUGCCGGACCACCUGGUGACAGAGGAAUGAUGGGUAUACCCGGCCCACCUGGUGUUUUUGGGCCGUCUGGAAUAGGUGGGAUGGGUGAACCGGGUCUUAUGGGUCUCAAUGGGCUCAAAGGAGAAAAAGGGGCAAGAGGAAGAGUAUACUCCAACACCCCAGAUGGCACUCCAGGGGAACCUGGGAAACAGGGUCCUCCAGGGCCUAAAGGAAAUCGAGGAAAUGCUGGCCCUCCUGGAGAAUUCUGCAUUCCUGGUGAGCGAGGAGAAGUGGGUGGGCCUGGUGACAGAGGACCUGCGGGGAUAAAAGGUGUCAAGGGACGAAAAGGUCCAGAUGGGGGUUGUGCUUGUAAACCCAGUGGUGAUCAACCUGGCGAUCGUGGCCCUCCAGGAUUCCCAGGUCUCCCUGGUAAUCCCGGGAGACCGGGCCUCCAAGGUCCUACUGGUGAUCCGGGUCCUUUUGGCUUGAGGGGCGUAAAUGGUGUAGCAGGUCCCAGAGGUGUCCAAGGUCCCAGAGGAUUAAAAGGAGAGAAAGGGGAUUAUGUGUUUAUAAACAUAAAGGGGGAGAAGGGUAACAUUGGUCCCAGUGGACCGCCUGGGAACGCAGGAUAUAGCGGAAAGACAGGGGCUGAUGGGAAAAUGGGCAAUCCUGGAGAUCCUGGACCUGUGGGAGAUAAUCUUUUUGGUUUGCCGGGUGAUAGAGGAUUUCAAGGUUCAUUUGGAGCAAAAGGUGCCAGAGGUCAAACUGGUCCUGCUGGCCCUGGCAUUAUGGGGUCAGUUGGGCGUCGGGGCCUACAGGGAGACCCGGGGCCCGAAGGCCAAAGGGGGCCCCCUGGUCCUAAAGGAACAAGUGGCAGCACACUACCCUGUGCUCCUGCCCCACCUGGAAUCCGUGGUAACAAAGGACCGCCUGGUUUUCCAGGUAGUAAAGGAAGGCCUGGAGAUCCGGGAUUUAAAGGGCAAGUGGGACCAAAUGGUCCCAAGGGCGAGAAAGGGGACCCUGGAGAUUAUAGCAGUAACGGUGAAAGAGGUCCACCGGGAUACAUUGGAGAUCCAGGUGACACUGGCUCUGACGGUGACAGUUUUGACGGCUCAGAUGGUAUACCUGGUAAUCCUGGACCCCAGGGUCUUAAAGGGUCUUUAGGAGACUCACUUGUUGGGGCUCCCGGACCAAUAGGGUCCCGUGGGCUUGAUGGAAGACCGGGCCCCAAAGGUGUCCCUGGACCACCAGGACCAGUUGGAUUGGAGGGUAUAUUGGGUAUUCCUGGAUCUCCUGGUAAAAAAGGGCCAAGGGGAUUCGAUGGUAAAAUGGGAUCACCUGGUCGCCCAGGCAUCAGACCAGAGCGAUGUGAUGGAGGAGACCCUGGUCCACCUGGCCAGACUGGACCACCUGGGUACCCUGGCAGGCAAGGCUCUCCUGGAGAAAAAGGGUCACCUGGUGAAUUAGGACCUGCAGGUGUUGGAACCAAAGGACGCCCAGGUUGCCCUGGUACCCCAGGCUCUCCAGGAUUCCCUGGACUUCAGGGGCCUCCAGGACCAACAGGGAACGAUGGAAUUCCAGGGAGUAAUGGAGUAAAGGGUUUGCCUGGAUAUCCCGGACAAAAUGGCUGUGUUGGCAACCCAGGAAUGACUGGCCCUCCGGGGCCCCCUGGACCAAAAGGAUUAAAGGGGCUUGAUGGGAAUCCAGGUUACCCGGGGGAAAACGGAUACAAGGGCCAGAAAGGACCCAGAGGACCUCCAGGACCUCCGGGAGAAACCAUCACAGUUCCAGUGAGGGGCCCGGUUGGGCCACCAGGACGUAAUGGAGAGAUUGGUUUCCCUGGGGAAAGAGGUGAUAAGGGUACACCAGGUCCCCCCGGACAGCCAGGCUAUCCAGGACUUAAUGGACCUCCUGGGUUUGAAAGUGGCAGUCGGGGACCACCAGGUGCCCCUGGAGAGCCAGGUAAUCCUGGAAGACGCGGACGUCCUGGGCCAGCGGGCAUUGCGGGAUAUUCUGGCCAAAGCGGAGAACCAGGUGACCCUGGAUUGACUGGUAUAGCUGGAACUCCCGGUUUCCCUGGAAACGAUGGACUUAAAGGUGAUAAAGGUGAAUCCACCGGUAUACCAGGACGGCCCGGUGCGAGAGGCCCAUCUGGAGAAGACGGAUCGAAAGGACAAUCUGGACAGAACGGAGAUCCGGGUGACCUUGGCUAUGAGGGGCCAAAUGGACCCCGUGGUCUGGCAGGACCACCUGGUAGUACAGGUCUGGCUGGAUAUCCAGGUGUAGUUGGACCCUCAGGUCCAUGUGGAAAGCAUGGUCCGGAAGGUCCUCCGGGGCCUCCUGGUGCACCAGGCCCUAAUGGAAACAUAGGAAACCCUGGCCUCAGAGGACCUUCAGGGCAACCGGGGCUACAUGGGCUAAAUGGCCUGAAGGGGAUCAAGGGUGAAGUGGGGUCCAGGGGGUUAAGUUUAAAGGGUGACGCAGGACCUACAGGACCAACAGGAGAUAGGGGUAUUCGAGGGGAUCCAGGGUUGCAAGGCACAUCACAACCAGGUAUCCCCGGUCCUAGAGGACAGCAUGGGGUUCAAGGAGAACCUGGUGUAACAGGUCCUCCAGGUUUACCUGGCGAGGAAUGUAAAAAGUAUGUACCUGGACAAUAUGGAGAACCGGGUUACCCUGGACCAGAUGGACCACCAGGGCUCAUCGGAGAGAUGGGAGAGCCAGGCAGCGUGUUCACAAUUCGUGGUGAUGAAGGUGACCCAGGCCCCCCCGGGCCACCGGGUUAUAAGGGAGCCAAAGGGUACAGUGGACUCAGUGGAGCCCCAGGAUAUCAGGGCCCAGAAGGUCCAAAAGGUGAAAAAGGACAAUCUGGACCUAUGGGCAUUCCAGGACCCUCUGGCCCUAUGGGUAGCUGUGGUCCCCCAGGACCCUGUGGUGUAAAAGGAGACAGGGGAGAUCCAGGUCAGAAAGGAGACCCUGGGAUUGUUAAAACUCCUACAUCUCCUUGUGCUGCUCCACGCGGACCUACUGGUCCCCGUGGGCCUCCUGGCCCGCCUGGAAUUCAGGGUCUGCCCGGACUAAGUGGCAGAGAGGGCCCAAAAGGUUUGAAGGGAUCAGCAGGGGCUCAGGGAUCCUCUGGACCACCUGGUCAACCAGGAUUGAAUGGACCACCUGGAGGCAAUGGAGAUACAGGCCCAAGAGGACCGAUAGGCUUUCAGGGACUCCAAGGACCCCCUGGUGAUCCGGGUCCUCCUGUUGAAGGUCCGAAGUCUACUUCUGGAUUCCUUCUGGUGAUGCACAGCCAGUUAGAAACCGUGCCUUCUUGUCCCAACGGCCUGACCCAGUUGUGGGAGGGAUACAGCCUGCUUUAUCUGGAGGGUCAAGAGAGGGCGCACACACAAGACCUGGGCCAGGCAGGUUCAUGUGUGCGCAUUUUCAGCACAAUGCCGUUCUCCUGUUGCAAUAUGCAAUCGUGCGACUACGCGAGCCGCAACGACAAAUCCUAUUGGCUGUCCACCACGGCUUCCAUUCCCACGAUGCCUCUGGAGGGGCCAGAAAUUCGGCCGCACAUUAGCAGAUGUGUCGUAUGCGAAGCCUCAUCGCCAGCCAUUGCAAUACACAGUCAAGACGCAUCUGCACCACAGUGUCCACCCAGCUGGAGAAGUCUCUGGAUGGGAUAUUCAUUCCUUAUGCAUACCGGAUCAGGGGACCAGGGUGGCGGACAAUCUCUGACAUCACCAGGGAGCUGUUUGCGGGACUUUCGCAGCCAGCCGUUUGUGGAGUGUCAAGGUCCGCUUGGCACAUGCCAUUAUUUUGCAACAAUCUACAGUUUCUGGCUGACUAAAGUGGGCACGGACCGUUUCAACCCUAUCCGACGCAGUACUAUACUAAACAAUGAAGCCGAACAGCGCAGUAGCGUCAGCCAAUGCAACGUCUGCAUGAGAAUCUGAUGACCCCUUACCAGACAAGUGAACUACCAUGAGAAUGCACAUCAAGAGGUCAAGGGAUUGAGAUUCUUUUAUUCGGAAAGGAAAAUAAUUGACCUAGUUUUCAACCAUUUUUGUUGAACUACAGGCUGUGAACUUGAUUUUUUUUUUAACUGAAUUUAUUCCCACAAAUAGCAGAGUCAGACGUGUUUUCUUCUUUAAAUCUAUUUUCUUUACAUUUGUUGCUAGAAAGACAAAGAGAAUCAUUUGCACAGAUUGCUAUACACCAGUGUUCAUUUCUCACUUGGUUUCUUGUAUCAACUAUGUCGUCUUCUCGUAUCGUCUACACUGUGUGCACAUCGAAAGCAUAAAAAUUCCUUUAGGGACCCUGACACAGACGGUGCUUAGCAGCAAUAAAGGGCCCAUUGGCGUAGCUUGACAUUUGAGUUUGGGGCGACUGGACUGGUCUAUCAUAAAUUCUGUACUGGGACAUGUGCCACGAUUUAACACACAGGUAAAAGAAAAGAAUCAGGAGCAUAAUUUAUACUAUUUUUUUUAAUAAUAUUAAUACUACAAUCAGUGAAAUUAAAAAGUAUUUUUGUUGUGGAAUAUAACUUAUUUGAUAAAAAUCCUAUUAGCCAAUAGGGGCCCUGGUCCUCUGCCCCCCCCAAACUCCACCUAUGAAAUAGCCGUUAUUCACUUUCAUUAAGAGGCUGUUUAAACCUGGUAUUAAGAUGCGUUUUUGUCUAUCAGAUGACAAGUGGACAGGUGUAAAUGGGGUGUGAAACAUUUUGAGCUCAUCCACUUUAAACAACAUUCAGAGGUAGUCGAGAACGCACUCGACCGGAUUGCUUUUGUGUAGAUGCGCAUGUGGUACCGAGCACAAUGAUCUUACAUCAGACAUGACUUCUAGCACAAACCCACGG